UUGACAGAUUAAAUUUAUUUAAAAACAAUCAAAAUGCUUCCUCAUUUUGGUGCACCACCGGUUCCCUAUCAUCCAGCACCGCUCGCUUCUACAACUCCAGGAAUUCCGCCACUUCGUCAAGUUGGAGCAGGAGGACCAAUGCGUCCAUUUCCGCAACCUUUGGGCGCUCCAGUUCCUUUAUCUUUUGCUGGUAAUGCAUUUCCACCUCAAGGACCAGCAAAUAUUUAUCCAUUCAAACCACCAACUUUUGAUUCUUAUUUGUGCGAAAGUUUCUUUCCAAGAACUACAACUGAGGCUGAAGAUACUGCUUUAACACAGUUUCUUCUUGUUCGUCACAAUGACAUAAUGCCUACAGCUGCCGAACAAUCUGCUGUCUCUGCAUUGGUUGGAAAAGUGAAGCAAAGUAUUGAUAAAAUCAUUGUAGCACCGGAUACUUUCCCAACUGUGGCAAUUGAAGAAGUUAGAGAAGUUGGGUCUUUUAAGAAGGGUACAAUGAUUAGUAAGCAUAAUAUUGCUGAUUUGGUUAUUGUGUUAAAAACACUUCCAGUUAUUGAGUCAAUAAAUUCUUUGGGUCAGAAAAUUGUUCAGGAUCUCAAGGCAGAACAUCAUUCUGAAAUUUUUGGAUGUGUAAUACGCGAUUUUGGUUGUGAAAUUGCUGGAACUCAUGCUGUUGUUCGUGUGUUGGUGACAAUUUUGCCACAAAACAUUAAUCAAUUGGAUGCUGAUUUGCAUUUGCCUCAAAAAAUUCUUCUCAAAAAUAUGGCAGCACUUCGACAUUCCAAAUGGUUUGAAGAAAAUGCUUCUCAUUCUGUUGUUAAGGCUUUAAUUCGACUUUUGAAGCAUUUAAGAAAUAAGCACGAAGGAUUAUUUCCAUUAAAUAUUUGGUGUAUUGAAUUAUUGGCUCAUUAUUGUGUUAUGAAUACUCCAAUGAGAACUCCAUUACCACUAGCUUUGGCUUUUCGGCGAUUUUUUCAAAUCAUUUCAACUGGAAUGUUAUUGCCAAGUUCUCCAGCAUUUGUUGAUCCUUGUGAACCAAAUUCUCGAAUUCAUUUUAGUUUAACUCUGGAAGAAAUGGAUUUAAUUUGUAGUACUGCCCAAACAAUGCUUCGAAUAAUUGUUCAUGGAGGAACUGAACAACUUUUUGCUGGGGAAGGACUUUCAAAUGUAACAGCAGAAAUGAGUAUUUGGGAAAAUGUUGUGGUAACUCCAUUGGAGAAGGCUUAUUGUAAAGAAGAUAUGGAGCCAUAUUAUGGAGAUCAAACAAAUAAUGAAAAUAAAAAUGAUGUAUUAGCUACUGCUGCUGAAGCUGCUGUUUAA